AUGGCAAACAGAACAAACGAAUUUUUUGGAUUCAUAAAAAAAGGGAACGUAGACUUGGAAACCCUUUCUCUGAGAAAGCCCAAACUUUCGAAUGUUCAAGAUGGUUUUCUCGCAGAAGCUUAUAUAAUCCAUAAUACAAUUGUUCAUCUUUGUACGUUUCUUGAGAAGAUCCGUGGAGCGUAUUUGAAGGGCCAAGCUGUUUCCAAUGUUCAUAAACUAUCAAAACCGUUAAUGGAAUCCUCAUUGGAGGAGCUUUCCAAGCUGGAGCUGAAUGAUUUACAGCGAGAUGAAAUUGACCAUGAGGCCUCAACAAUCAUCAACUCUUGCGUUCAAAAAAUCGGUUCUCUUCAAAAAAAGUUGAAAGACAAACAAAGCCAAAUCCCCAAACGGACCGGGUGGCUGCAAGGCUUAAAGAGUCCCGAAAAACUUACAAAAUCUGAAACGAUAGUUGCUCAUUGUUCUUCUAUAUUAUGGUAUCUACAGAAUGAACUCUCAGACGUCUCUUCCUCUUUGUAUCAACUUCAAGAUUUGAGACUGAGACGAGCUCAAGAAAGAAAGACAAUCAUGUCAGACAUCUUGCAUCCACAGCAAACGAGUGAUAUGUCUUCCGCAGAAAUCCCUGAUUCUGAGCUUCCAAAUUACUUCAGUCAGGAGCAACUGGUGCAACUGGAACAAGAUAAUGAUCUCAUGUUGCAGGAAUUCGAGCAUACAAUGCAACAAGUACAAGAAACAGGGAAAUCCUUAGCUGAAAUUGCGAGAUUACAGACGGAAAUAUCUACUCAUCUUUCCAUUCAAUCUACUGCAGCGGAAAAGUUAUAUGAAGACGCUAUGAAUGUUGCUGAUUCAAUUACUGGCGGAAACCGUCAACUCGUUCAUGCUAAAUCACGAAGUAGCCGGACAGCUAAAAUCUUCUUCUUCCUCUUUACUAUCCUUGGCUUAGUCUUGUUGGCUUUGGAUCGAAUUGUUUAA